UGACUAUCUACUCCGCCACUCUCGCUUUAAGUCUAUAUCACAACAAUCGUCUCUAUACAAUCACUGGGAGAUCAUAACCUACCAAUUUCAGUGCCUACUGUUCUUCAUAACUUUGGAGGAACUAUACAAUGCGCUCUACUUUUGUUCGCCUUGCAGAAUCUGCGACCACGAAGCAUCUAGACCUACGUCAGGCGAGCGUUGCACUAUACCCGCCAAUUCCGAGGCUCCCGAUUGAAAUGCGUUCAUUGGGUGAUGACUAUGUCAAAGCUGAGUUUAGAAGGCAUAGAGAGACUACCAAUCCAGUACACAUCAUGGGAUUCCUGACACAGUGGAAGAUGUACUUGGAUGAGCUACCGCGAGAUCCCUCAGACUCGAGAAGUUUCAAAAAACUAGAUCCUACGGUAUAUGAAAAGAUGUCUGCAGAACAACUUGGACAGUUGUAUGAGUUCAUGCACGCGACUAAAGAGAUAUGGAAACCGGUGAAUAGCGAACAGGCCCAGUCUGAGACCAAGGAAUAGCAUACUCAGCGGCUGUCGUCCAUAACCUGUCCUUCACGCGCAUAUGCCGUUCCGCUUGGUUCCGUGAAGCCCUGCGCGUUCCGGCACGGCCGGCUCUCAGACCGAGAAAUGUAAUCCUCAGUCAUCCAUAACCUGUCCUUCGUUUACAUACACCCUUCCGCUUGGUUCCGUGAAGUCCUACACGUUCCGCCAAGGCCAAAUUUAAAACCAAGACCUGACACCUUCAGUCAUCCAUACUCCGUCCUUCGUGUGCAUACU